AUAGAUAGAUAGAUAGAUAGAUAGAUAGAUAGACAGAUAGAUAGAUAGAUAGAUAGAUAGAUAGAUAGGUAGAUAGAUAGAUAGAUAGAUAGAUAGAUAGAUAGAUAGAUAGAUAGAUAGAUAGAUAGAUAGAUAGAUAGAUAGAUAGAUAGAUAGAUAGAUAGAUAGAUAGAUAGAUUGUGUGGCAUAUCUAAAAUAUAAUGUCAUAACUGUAUGCUUUUCUUCAGUAAAUUUCAUUAAUAUAAUCUUCAGAAGUUAUUACUGACAACCAGCAACUAGUAGUGUUUCUAUUCUAAAUGGACAGUGCAGAGUUUAGUAGUGAUUUCCUUUUAUCUAAUGAGCCAGCUCUUGUUUUGAGUUUCUUUCUGUAUUAUAAAAGUGUUUUCAAGUACCCACUGGAAUGUGUCAUCUAAAAUAAGCCGAGGUCAUCUUGCAAAUAUUUAUUCUUUCCUUGUUAAAGUUUUUUUUAAUUUUUCUUUAUAUUUACGUAUACCUACGUCAUGCUUAAUUCUUUUUGUAGGUUAGUUGUAUGGAUAAAACUGUUUUGCUCAAAAGAACUGACAACAUGUUAUUUAUAAAGCAAGUUUUGUGUUUAAAUCUAUUCAUCGCGUGCUUACUAGCAGACAAUAACGAAGAUAAAAUAUAUACAGAUGUUUAUUCUGUUAACCAUCCAUUUCUACGACAAGACGGAGAAUGCAAAAAAAGUGGAAUUUUAUUUCAUUACAUCAGACUACUAGGGGAAGGAUGUCAAUCUGAUAGCAAAAAGCCAAUAUUUCUUGAUGGAAAUAUCAGUUUUCUAUGGAUUGACUUACAAAGAAGAUGUACUGGAAAGAUAAAUUGUAACAUGGAAAAUUUUGCCCUGCCUACUUUAUAUUUUAGAUGUGCUACAGAUAGUAGAGAUGUAUUAGCAUCACAUUUUGAUGUGGCUUAUUCCUGUAUACCAUCGAGAGAUUCUGUAUACAACGUUAACAUUAAUAAAACAGUCAUUAAUACAGAUUUAGGUAAAUCUAAAUAUCUAAUAUAUAAUGACUUAUCGAAUGACAGUAAUCAUAUAGUCUGUACAAUAAAAGCAAUAGAAAAUAAAAAUAUUUCAAUUCAAUUGCUGUAUGUUGAUUGGAACAUGGCCCCAAAGUGUGAUGAUUCACAAGAAAAUGUCUCCGUAGGGAAUACAGUUUACACUUGUAAGAACAGCACACAUAUUAUGAGUGAACAGACCUUUCAGACUGAGGCCAAAAUUGAAAUGUUCAAACAGCGAGGUCUCGUCUGGAUUAAAUUUAAAGUAAAAAUAGCGCAUAACUUGAUAUGCAAGAUUGAAGCAAUUGUAAUUAACAAAAUAAAAGAGAAGCCAAGCGAUACCAAAGUCCUGAAUAUACCAAUAAUUGUUGUACCUGUCGUUGUUCUGAUCAUUUUACUUGUCGUCUGCGGACUGCUUCUGUAUCGACUUUGUUACGCUCGAAAAUGUGAUAACGACCAAACUGGCGAAAGACACAAAUCCACACAUGAAUAUGGUGACUACAGUACAAUAAAUGAAAACUAUAUGACUUCGCCGACUACAACAGAGUCCCAAGGAGCAUAUUACGAUGUUGACACGGAAAUGCUUCUUUUACAAUCAAACUCAUCAUUGACAGCGAACACGAAUCUUCAGAAAGAGCCCAAUACAUCUGCAACCAAUCUGUACCAGGUUACCUUGACCAACGAUGAUCAGACUUAUGCUGAAGUCAAUAAGAAACCAAAGUCUUCACAAACACAAGUGCAGGUUAACGCAAGUUCUUCGCAAGUAUCAUCGUCAGAGGAUUCAUCAGUAAAGGGUGGCAAUGUCUAUGCUAAUCUAGCACACUUGCAGGACAAGAAAGAGACAGAUAAUAUUUACAACUAGCCGGACAAUACCCGCGGCCUGCGGUCCUUAGUUUGUGUAUUACUAAUCUAGUGAAUCGGAUAUAUAUCUAAUAUAUUGCUUAUGUUCCUUUCAGGUUUUUGUCUUUCACCACGAAAAUAUUAAAAAUGAAAAAAGCGAAAGAUGAAUUGGAUAUAAAGUACAAUUAAAAUGGGUUUACCCGAUUUGAGAAAUUAAUGGGAUUAUAAAGCACGUCAGGACGUCUAAAUUCGCAUAUAUAAGAAACGAAUUUCUGAAUAAAAGCUUUUGAAACACAAAUUUGAAGGUUAAUUUUAUUAAAUAAUGAAAUCAAUAGACUAUAUUUUGUAUUUUCAAGUGUCAAAGUAAACAACUAUCUGUGCAAAAUGUAGUUUUAAAAUCUAGAUCUAGAUCCUUUCGAUCUUCUCUCAUGUAAACAUGAUAAACAUGGCCUAGAUCCAUGAAAAAGUAAUACUUUCAUAGAGUUGGGCAACUUUUUUUUGUGGGUCUUAAUUUUAUUUUAGGGCUUCUAAACAUAAGUUACGGUUCCAGUUAGUACCCAAAGAACAUUUAUGUCAAGUUUUAUCAAGAUUGAUCAAACGUUUUUUAUUUCUAUUCGGAACAUACAUACAUACAUACGCCAUACUUUCUGCUUUAUGGUAUAGAAGAAGAUAGCUAGAGAUAUUGUAUUUUAAUAUUUUCUAGUUCUAUUUAUUUAUAAAUUACAAAGAUAAACCUGAACAGUUAAAUCAAGAUAGAUUCGAUACACACUUUGAACUGUAAAUUCUUGUUUACGACGAAAUACUAGAUCACUAUAGAUUCAAUCAUAGAAUUUAUAACCUCUCAUCUGACACUGGAACAAUAGUGCAGUUAUUAAGCCAUACAGACUUACAGUUUUAAAAAAAAUUUAAAUAAAAAAAAUGAAAAAAACAUAAUCAUUUUGUUGAAUAUCCAAUAUGACAAGAUAUCAAAAUAACAUACUAAAAGCCCACUUAAUGUGGAAAGAUACCCACCUAAAAAAACAAUUAUGAAAAACAAUUAGUUUACAUUCUGAAAAUUACCAAAUCUUUAAGAUAAAAGAAAACAUUAUGACCCUCUGUAAAAAAUUAAUAAAAACGAUUUGGUAAAUCUUUAAAUGAAUUCUAUUAGAUUUUGUGGUGUAAUAUAUACAGCUGUCGUUAAAUCUCUUGUGUUAAUAAAGACGGUUGUUUUUUUGUUUUUUUUUUUGGUAACUAGCUCAUUGUGGCGCAUUAGAAUUGUUUUCCUUUGACGUCAUAUGAAUGAAUUCUUUUAAUGUAAUGUUUAAAAAAAAACUCGGUUGACCAAUGUCUAUGAACCCUGGUCCGCUUGCUCGUAUUGCCAAAGACAUUUUUAGUCUAACUAGGCCGUGUGACGUAGUGGAGUUUUUUUUUCCUUUGACGUCAUAUGGAAUGAAUUCUUCAAAUGAAAUGCUAAAACAACUCGGUAUAGUAAUGAUUAUUAAACCUCGUCAUUUGUCUCGUAUUUUUAAAAAAAGACAAAUAGAUAAGAUAUAGAUCUAAUCUAGAUUUUUUAAACUAAAUCAAGAUUGUUUACACUAUAUCUAGAUUUUUUACACUAGAUCUAUAUUUAUAUUAUAAUUAAAAUCACUGUAGAUUCUAGAUCUAGAAUUUCUAGGUCUAGUCUAGACUGAUAUAUACUAGAUCAAAAUAUAAAAUUUCAAUUUCUAGACUUAGAGUGUAGAUUUUGAUUUCCAAACGUCUAGAUCAAUAUUGCAAGUUAUAAUAUACUAAAACUAAUUUACUAUUUUGAAAUUUCAUGUUGUAUUCAGUCUAUUGAUAGAUUACCUAGGCUUUUUUUGCGUAAAUAUAAUCUAAUUUCACAUGUAAAUUAUUCCAAAUUUAUAUUUUAGAUCUAGAUCUAGAUCUAGUAGUUAUAGAUCUUAAGAGUGCUAAAACAGAAGUUUAGUUAAGGUAGAUCUACAUCCUCAUUCUAGUUCCAUUUAAAUGAAAAUGCCAAUAGCUCUGUUGGUAACUGUGCUGGUACAUCGAAGUACAAGCACGAUGUCUGUUCUUCUUCUUCUUUUUUUCAAUACAAAUCAAUGCUGAAAGAUUAUCUAAAAUCACUCGUCUGACAUAUUGUAUAUAUCCGGAAGAUGUCAUGCCGUAAUGUGUAAUAUAUCUCUUUAUCAAUAAUAGGCUAUUAGUUUGUAACCAGUUUGUUAUUAAGUUAAUAUGCCUGGUCGUGCGGUUAGCGUGCUGGACUGAUUAUCUCGACGGUCCCGGGUUCAUAUCCUGCUCGCUGCCAUCCCUCGUCGUCCAGCGGGAGGUUUGAACAAGGAAGUUUAUCAUCUUUAACUUUGAAGGAACAUCCGAAACAUGUAAACCAGAAAAA